GAUAAUCUUACCAAAAUGGCGACUGUUGUUGUUUUCUCGCAGGGUCAGUGAAUUAAUCCGUUCAUGAUUUCAGUAAAUUUCUGCACUAAUUUGCAGAAAUACUACUAAGAAACAGCCGAGUACCGCAAGAGUCGACUCUGCGUGGGCUGAAAUGAAAGGCAAAGAGCGGUCGCCGAUUAAAAAACGCUCCCGGGCCUUGGAAGACAUACGAGAGAGGGGAGGAUGCCAUCCGACCAGCAAGAAAAUGGGGGCUCUCUCCAUUUCCAGUGGGAGCAAUAACGGUAACAACUCCACCAAAAACGACGGCAGCUCGACAAGACGGAGUCUGCUCGGUGAAAAAAGAGACAGGGACUUCGACGGUCAUAGUAGGACUGGAAAUAAUCACAGCUGUCAGUCUGCUGCUGCUAGCUCCGUCGGUAAAAACCAUAGCCUGAGCCUGACGCUGGAUUUAGCCUCACCGAGGACCACCUCGCGGGGGGAGCAGCGUGUUCAGCCGCCCAACGCUGAGAGUGAGUACAAAACGCUCAAAAUCAGCGAUCUUGGCACUCAGUUGAGCGAUGAGGAUAUAGAAGAUGGGCUAUUUCACGAAUUCAAGAAAUUCGGCGACGUGAGUGUUAAAAUAAGCCGCAGCAACGAUGAACGGAUAGCGUUCGUUAAUUUCAGGAAGCCGGAGGACGCCAGAGCUGCUAAACACGCCAGAGGUCGGCUUGUGCUGUACGACCGGCCGCUGAAGAUCGAGGCAGUAUACGUUAACAGGAGGAGAAGCCGCUCCCCUGUGGAGAGGGAAUUAUAUGGUGCAGCUCAAAGUCACAGACAUUUGCAAAGACCCCUCUCGCCCCCUGGGCUUGGAUACAGAGACUACCGGCUGCAGCAGCUGGCUUUGGGACGACUGCCUCCUCCUCCGCCACCCCCACUGCCUAGAGAAUUGGAGCGGGACAGAGAGUUUGCCCUGUUUGAAGCCAGGGCACGUCCAGCUUUCAUUGCAGAGCGAGCAGCCUUUCGUGAAGAGGAUUUUAUAUCUCCAGAAGAUGACCAAAGAGCCAAUAGGACAUUGUUUUUAGGCAACCUGGACAUUACUGUUACAGAAGCAGAUCUGAGGAGAGCUUUUGAUAGGUUUGGAGUCAUAACAGAAGUGGACAUUAAAAGACCUACUCGAGGACAAACCAGUACAUAUGGAUUUCUGAAAUUUGAGAACCUUGACAUGGCUCAUCGUGCUAAGCUUAGUAUGUCUGGCAAAAUAGUGGGUCGUAACCCUAUAAAGAUAGGUUAUGGGAAAGCAACGCCCACUACGCGUUUGUGGGUGGGUGGACUUGGGCCCUGGGUACCUUUAGCUGCUCUGGCCAGAGAGUUUGACCGUUUUGGCACGAUAAGGACCAUAGAUUACAGAAAAGGAGACACUUGGGCCUACAUUCAGUAUGAAAGUUUAGAUGCUGCACAAGCAGCUUGGACUCACAUGAGGGGCUUCCCGCUUGGAGGACCAGAAAGAAGACUUAGAGUGGACUUUGCAGACACUGAGCACCGUUACCAGCAGCAGUUCCUGCAGCCUCUCCCUAUACCACCGUUUGACAUGGUGGCUGAGUCAUUUGUCCACCGGGCAACACCAGAACCUCUUAGGGUUAGAGAUCGGACUCCACCGCCUCUUCAUUUUAGAGACAGAGAGCUCUUUCCUGGAACUGAGUGGCCCAACCCAGCUAUACGUGAACGGAUACGGGCGUCACCUUUUGAGCCUCUGGAACAUUUGGAACGGGAUCGACGGACACGGGAUCCUUGGUCUUUGGAACAAGAGCUCCAGGCACGAGACCCUACACGCAAACGGCGUUUAAUGGAGGACGGGCGUCAUCUGGAACACAGUCCUGACAGCACGGAGAGGACAGUAAGACGGAGACGUGCUUCUCCAGAAGGCAGCCCUGGAGGCAGCAGCAGGGAUGGAGGGCGCUUCAGUGACUCAGAGCGCCCCCUGAGAGGUGAGAGAGGGUCCCCAGCAAGAGAACGUCACAGUAGCGUGGAAAGAGGGGUAGCUGAACGGAGACUGAAAAGCCAGAUUCUUUCAGAGAAGGGACCAUCAGGCAGCGCUCUUUUAGCAGUUGGAGAGCGCAAGCGAAAGGCGGUCGAUGGCGGUAAAGGGCCCGCCAAGAGAGAACGUUCUGAAAGCAGUGCUAAAGGAGGUCAGCCAUCCAAGCCAGAUGGCACUAAACUGAGUUUGGCUUGGCGUGGCAUGCUGCUCCUGAAGAACAGCAACUUCCCAGCCAACAUGCACCUGCUGGAGGGGGACCAUGGCGUAGCCAGCGACCUACUUGUCGACAGCACCACAGGAAGGCAGGUGAGCGAGCUAAAGAUCACGCAGCGUCUUCGUCUGGACCAGCCCAAGCUUGAUGAGGUGUCCCGGCGUAUCAAGGUGGCAGGUCCUGGUGGCUAUGCCGUCCUGUUGGCAGUUCCUGGAGCCACAGAGGAUACAUCUUCAUCUGACCCAGCAGCAUCAACCCAGCGGCCGCUUCGCAACCUGGUGUCCUACCUCAACCAAAAACAAGCAGCUGGAGUCAUCAGCCUGCCUGUGGGAGGGAGCAGAGAUAAAGACAACACAGGGGUUCUUCAUGCUUUCCCCCCCUGCGAUUUCUCCCAGCAGUUCCUGGAUUCCUCUGCCAAAGCUCUGGCAAAAAGCGAAGAGGACUAUCUGGUCAUGAUUGUGGUUCGUGGUGCAUCUUAAAAAAAAAAAAAUCACAAUGCACUAAGUUCAAGUGGAAUCUAAGAAAAAAGAAAGGAAAAAAAAUCUGCUGUAUGUCAGUAAUUAUUGCAUGCUGUGUCUUCUGCAUCAUGGGGUACAGUAGUAUGGUUCUUGAGUGUUUGUAUGUUGCCAUGUAAUUCACUAAAAGGACAAACAGUGCCCUCCUACAAAACUUAAAAUGUUGUGUGUUUUUGAAAAUUACUUUUCAGUGGGUGUGUCAGUUUGAUCACAGUCACAAACUUGCUGCAGUUCAGACAGUUCUGUCAAACAAUUAAUGUUAAGAGUUUCUCUUUAGUCCAGAUUCAGUUAACUUUAUUCAGAAACUGCUUUGGCUCUUAAACGGUUUUAAAAUAUUACCUUUGCAGUUGUACUCCAAGAAGAAGGUACAUUGUAGACCUGAAAUAUUUUAGGUAACACCGCAUUUCCAAGAGACUAGUGUUGAAGUCACAUCUUCCACACAAUGUUAACUAAAUCAAAACAUUCUUAAAAAAAUCUCAUGUUUGUUUCUGGGCAACUAUAUUGUUUUACCCCAACCUAAACAGGUGGUGUUAUUGUGAUAACUUCUUUCCCAAACAUACACAAGGGGGAAAAGUCGUCUUAAUUGAAUAGAUAGUGUUGACUUACACAUGCAGUAAUGUUACAUUUUGAUAAUAAGAGACAAGAGUGAGUGUGACAUUUUUGAACUCAAAGUGUUCAACGAAGGUCAAAUGUCUUUUGGGAAAAAAAAGAAACCUGAUUAAAAAAAAAAAAACUGGUAACAUUUCAAGGUUUUAAAUAUGUUUAAACAUGUCACACAA